CACCAACCUUUGGACAGUCCUUUGUGUUCACUACUUGCCACUUUGAUAUUCUGGUGCACAUUUCAGGCAUUUCUCUACCAAUUGGGCAGUCCCAGGGAGAGGGGCUUUUCACUGAACAUACCUGUUCUAAUUAUCAGUGUUAGUGUAAUGUUACACUGAAAUCCACCUGCGUUCAGCUGGGUUUUAGAUGUUCCUCCAAUGGGGUUACCAUGUGGGCAUUCCAGCGUAACUUUUUCCCAAACCAUAAGGACCAGGGCUACUUGAGGAUGCUAAUAAACACAUCCCUUUGGUACUCAGUGUCCUAAAUCCAACUCAGUGUCCUAAAUCCUACUGCAGUAUAUCUUGCAGUAGCCAAUGGCAUUCUUCAGAAGCUCUGCAUGGAGAUCAUUUAGAAAUAAAGGGAUAAGUCAGAUUUCUGCUGUCUUCAAGAAGAACAUUGUAGCUGGAGUUGAUGAAGUGUUGGGUUCAGUUUUCCCAGCAAAAACAAAUUAGCUAUGCACUGUUUGUUACCAGUGCUUAUCACUGUGUUUUCCUGGGAGGCUGGUGUCUAUUUUCUGUAUUAAAAUGUAUAUAUUUUUCUGAGCCAUACAACCAUUGUAAUAGACUACAGGUGGCCACUAACCCUUAUUCCAGGACUCUGCUGUUAUGUGUGUUUGAGGCAAUGCUGUGCACUUAUGGGUCAGGCUUCUUUGUUCCUCCUUUGCAAAUACUCUUUACCUUCAGUAUAAGUCCUGUUAACUUUUCUCUAGGUGGUUUCUUCAGUUGUUGCAGGAGCAGGGAGAGGAAUUUCCAAAAUGGAUUGUGUCUAUGGUAAAGCUGUAGGUGUCCAAAGUUAGUGACUCACAAUUUUAUAGUGGUGUAGACCUUGCAAUGAGUGCUGCUUUUAGUAUUUUUAAAUGUCUGGCAGCCAUGCACCCCCAAUGAUCAGAAUGAUCAAAUCAUCUGGGAUGAUUUUUCCAAUCCUGAUCUUGGAUCGUCUAGCCUCAGGUUUCCCUUGGAAGUCUUUUGUUUUUGCUCAGAUUAUGCUACAUAAAGUGUCACCCUUUAUGAAGUUAAACAGUGCUGAGACAAACAGUUGAAAUAGGUGGAUUAAUGAGUUGCCGUAUAGAAGUACUAGAAGUAAUAGAUAUUUGUUCUGUCUGAUCUCCCUUCCCUUUGAAUUAUUGAACUGUUAGAUCAGAAUAAAAAUCAGGACGUUAGAUGGGUAGGAAUCCAGUGGGCCGUCUGGGAUUCCUCCAUCCAUGUUUCAGGAGGAAUAUUGGCAGAAGCCCUGGGAAAGCAGCUUCUCCACCGCUGCCAGUACCUGUGAACUGACCUUUGCAACUUCUGAGGCACUGAUGAGACGUAGACUGCCGAUGCAAGAGCUACCAGAUUGGUACCUUGGAGAAUUGGUUUUACUUUUGUCUCUUUACCUGUAGUGAAAGAUGAGACAGGAAAGGAAGUAGUAUUUUGCCACCACUGGUUAGCAGUGACCGAAGGGGGGUUAUGCCCUUGUCCCUGGGUGAUGUCCAAGGCAGGGAGAGCUGGACAGUCACUGUGCAAAUGUGUACUGGGCCAGCAUGGCCUGAUGCCAUUGGUCUUUGCCCCCUGUUGGAGACUGCUCAACAGCCAUACAGACCUGCACAAGGCUCGCCUGGUCACCUGCUUCUGCUGCUUGCCAGUAAGAUGGUAAAAUCUUCCCCUGUCCUAUCUCACUGGCAGUGUUCUACUGCAGUGACAAUCUUAAAGGGUUAGAACAAUUAGAACAUGUUCAUGCGGAGACGCUCCAGAGUUUUCCUGCUGGAUACCAUUAACAGAGGAAGUGAGUUUGUGGAGACCCUGAAAGUUAUCUAUCCCAAGGCAGAUGGUCUUCAUGAAAAGGACUUUGACUGGCUGUUUGAUUGCCCUCAGACAGAACAGUUUCUUGAGUGGUUCUGCAAUACGGUGGGGGAGGAGAAUGUAUUGAACUCCACAGAACUGGAGACCUAUGAGAAACUGGUAAUUUCUAAGAAGCCUGUUCUGGAAGGUGAAGCGCUGGAGCAGGUGCUGAAGACCUGUCGCCAAUCUUCUCAGCUAAAAUGUGCUAUGCAGCAGAAUGAUGCCCUGCCGAUUGAGAGCCUUGAACAAGAGAUGAAGAUAUUGAAGAGCCAAUGCACCUGUCGGAUAAAGCGGCGCAACAAGCUUCAAAUUCGUGUAGCCUGCUUGAAACAGGAGCUCUGUCAUUCAGCAGAGCAGAAAGAGACAGCAAGCCGAGAGCUAAAGCAGGCACACCUGCAGCUAGAGCUAGAGAAUUGUCAAAGCAACGAUGUUCUCAGCCAGGCCUGUAAGAAAGCAAAGGAGCUAGUGCAGUGGCAUAGGGACCCUACACAUGAGCGACAGAAAGCAUCAAUGGCAACGGCAGACCUGGGACAUUUCCUGGAAUUGGAAGAAAAAGUAAACAAGUCUUUAUUGGGAUUCUUCCCAAAGGUCAUGCCAGAUGUUACCAAUGACGUGCAAGUUGAUAAAACUGUUCUGGUGAAAAAAGGGCAGGCAGACUCUUGGGAAGAGCUGAAUGUAGGAGCUAUAGAAAGACUAGGCUGGAAAGUGCUGCUAGAAAGUAAGUGCAUAAUCUGUAAUAAAGAUUCUGAAGGUGACAAAAUAGCCAGUGGCAUACUGAAAAGCCAGAUUCUCUUCAAGGAGCAGCCAGCCAGUAAGAACGAGCCAGAGUUUACUUGUAAAGCUCUGCCACAAGAAAAGGACCAGCUGAAAACUGAGAACUCCAGAAAUGAAGAAUUGGCUGUUCAGAGUUGUUGUCAAGGAGGGCUGAAGAUACAGAAAGAAGCUGCUCAAAUGAAGCAUCCUAAAGGUGACAACUUGGAUAGCCACCAGGAAGAUCUGGGCCGCAUGGAGAUAGCUUACAUGUGCAUCCAGACAGAGGUAGUCAUGGCUUCUGCAGAAAUUAAGGGAAUUUCAUCUACCUUGCAAUGGGCAGGGAAGGCCUUGAAGGCUGCUAAGGAGAACAAGGUAGGUUGCUUGCUUCCUGGCUUAAGGAAACAGGCUUUGGUGGAGGUAGAGAAGGGUGGACUCUGUCUUCGCAUAGCCACUUGCCAGGAGCAGAUGUGCAUCCUUCAAAGUGAAGUAGGCCAGGCAAAGACCCAAAAGCUUGUGCCCUUGCUUCAGGGUAGUGCCCGCCUCCUUCGUUUGCCUGUAGUAUGUGGGGAACUUGACUUGGAAGACAUGAGACUAAGUCGUCUUGAAUUAAUGCAAGAACAAGCUGCUGGCCAAAUGUUAGGCCUGUUGAGCCAUUUGGAUCUGCUGUGGCUCUUGUUGAUGCUCAAGGAGAAGAAUCUGCAACAGAUGAAGACUGAGCUGGAGGGGAUGGUGGCUAUCUUGAAUGAAUCGCAUGCUAAGUUACAGGAAUGGCAAUCCUGCUUUGAGGAUUCAAGGUUCCUUAUUAAGCAAUGCCCACGAACUCUGAUAGACCCCAGUGAUUUUACCACCUUACGGCUAUGGGAGAUGCUAGACAAGCACAGUCAAGAGAAGCAACUCUUUCGUGCCUAUGAGGCUUUGGCAGGCCGGGGCUCACGAUUGUGCCAGGAACUCAGGAUGCUCAAAGUACAGCUGACCACACCACAUUCUCAGCUUCCUAAACUGGAGUCUGAUAAUGAGGCACUGCACUGUUUGAUGUAUGGUGACUCCAACCAGCUAAUGCUUCAUGCUCAGGAAGUGUCGGACCCUCUGAAGCAGCUUUGCACCACACAAGGCAAACUCUACCAAAUGCUAAUGGACAUCUUGAGUGACAUGAAGGUCAAACACAACUGCCUGCAGAGCCACUUUCAGCAAACUGAGCGCAGCCUCUACAUGUAUUUCUUCAACAAGCCAGACCAGCUGAAGGAGCUGGUACAAGAAGCCGAGAAGCAGACCCUGGCAUUUUCACAUGUGUAGGCAUAGUCAUCACCAGAGAAGAGUAAUAGGAGUUAAGUAGAAAAGAGUCCCCCAGUUUGUUCCAAGGUACCCAUGUUAUCUUCUUGUAGACUGAAUGGAAAGCCUCUUUGGGAUAGAUCCUGUUCAAUGUAGAUGAAAGCUUACACUACAAUGUAGGUCCUAACUAUUUAUGGGAGUUUAUUUCUGAUGUAGAAAAACAAUAUAGCAUGAAGAGUUGGUUUGAUGGAUGACAUCAGUUACCGGAAGCAGUUAAGUGUAUCUAUAUGAGAAGUAAACAAAUGUUGCAAAAUGAUUCCCUAUAGAGUGUUCCUCUUCUACAAUGACUUGGGAAAAGGCAAACCACAGUUGGCCUUUUCCUCUGAGUCCCAUGAUAGAAGUAGUAAUGGAUGAAUGAACUGAGAUUUUGAUUAGAUGAAAAGCUAAUCUAAGACAGGAUGCUUUCUAUCUCUUUAUCUGUUAUCUUUCUGGUCUACCUAUUUCUUUUUCCAUUUCAAACACUUACAUUAUUCCGAAAUCUGUGAUGAAAGGGGAGCAUGGCUACAAAGCCAAGAACGUUUUGUUUAAUUGUCAAGGAGGUCACAUUCUGUUCCCCUCUUGCAUUAUUAUUAUGUAAGUAGCUCAGUGGUCUACAAUGUAAUGUGUAAUGAUGUCAGGCAUAUUGAUUGUUUUACAUGAAAAAACUCACUGAAAUCUCAAUAAAAAUAAUGUUCACUUUAA